GAACAUAUUUUAGCAAUUUUUUGUCCUAAGCGUUGGACGGUAUUGUAUUCUUCAAAAUAUUCCGUCAGCCUUCGGAAGAUGAUAAGGAAAUACCUACGUAUUUAUGAACAUCUAUGGCAAUGAAACUCGGGCAUACAAUUUUUUUAAUGCUUUUGAUUAUAGGCCUAUUUCUCGAUGUUUUAGUAUACAUUAAUUCAGGUAUUGUGACUUGCGAAGCGAAUACUGUUAAAGCAAAUUUUAAGUGUUUUGCCAAACCACUCGCUUCGCUAACCUGUUCCCUUCGUCAAAAUGUACUCGCUUCGGAAGUCACAAUGCCAGCCGAGGUACACAUGCACUGCCCCGCCAGAUGAUAAGAAACAGUAAUCAGAGCAAACACCUGUUUAGCAUCGAGCUAAAGUUGAGAAGACCAAACCCUCGGGGUACCCUGUGUUUGGAUACUGCCAAGUAGAAUCCCUUCCCUUUGAAAAGUACGACAAUGCCUCGAAUGAAACCCCGUAUUUUUGAUGACUACCACGGCAAACUGUUAAAAGACGAACGUCUAGCAGCACUCUCGAGUAGUGCCGCUACAUCAACAACAACAACCUGCGUCCCACGACAGUCGGGUCUACGUAACCGGAACGACCCAGAUUUAUAUCUGGCCAAGGACUGUCACUCCUGCAACACUCCCCAAAACCCCUUGCGGAACUUGUAUGCUACUACAACAACAACAAUCACCUGCGUCCAAGCUGCCGACGGAUGGCACUCAAGGAUCUCUUAUGAGCGCUUGGAUCGCAAAUACGAGCGCUGCCUUUGUCACGACAUUAAAAUCGUGCUCUGUGAUUUAAAUGUCAAGGUGAGCAAGGAAGGAAUAUUUUGCCUGGUACUAGGCAGUUCUAGGUUCCAGCAUAAAAAAGUCCAUCCAUCUACAUACAUGUCUGUCUUCUGAUCCAAAAACUAGAAACGAAAUCGCUUCCAGUGUUUUAGACGUAUGUACAUUCAGAGGGCCAAACAUUGACCGAUGAAUGAAAAAUUAUGCUGGCUAGCGGCAAAGUGGUUCGCAUGAAAUGAAUUCAUGAA